UCACUGUGAAGAGUGAAGAUGAUGAAGAGGAAGCUCAGUGCUCACAGCUUCAUCAGAGCCAAACUGAGGAGAACAGAGAGGCAGAGCCUCCAGCCAGCAGCUCCACUGAACAGAUGAAAACAGAAGCUGAUGGAGAGGAACCAGCCAGGAACUCAGAUCCAGCUGCUGAUUUCCAAGCAACUAGUGAGGGCCAGCUCCUCUCUUCACACUCUUCUGAGGGUGAGACUGAUGACAGUGAUGACUGGGAGGAGAGCAGAGAGCCUCAGUCAGGUUCAAACCCACAGAGUGAACUCCUUUCCAGUGAUGAUGGAUCUGAUGAUGCAGAGAAACCAUCUUCCUGCUCUGUGAGCAAGAACACAGGAGAGAAACUGUGGAGUUGCUCUCUUUGUGGAAAAAUAUUUACACGAAAAGAAACUUUAAACAGACAUAUGAACUUGCAUGCAGAAGAGAAACCAUUUAGCUGCUCAGUGUGUGGUAAAGGUGUUACACAGAAACAAACUUUGGUCAUACACAUGAGAAUCCACACCGGAGAGAAACCAUUCAACUGCUCAGCCUGUGGUAAAGGUUUUACACAGAAACAGUCCUUUGUCACACACAUGAGAAUUCACACAGGAGAGAAACCAUAUAUGUGCUCAGUCUGUGGUAAAAGUUUUGCGCAUAAACAUCACUUCAACACACACUUGAGAGUCCACACAGGAGAGAAACCAUUUAACUGCACACUUUGUGGUAAAGAUUUUACACGGAAAGGUAAUUUCAACACUCACAUGCGAAUUCACACGGGAGAGAAACCGUUUAACUGCUCCCUCUGUGGUAAAAAUUUUACACGGAAAGGUAACUUCAACACUCACAUGAGAACUCACACAGGAGAGAAACCAUUCAGCUGCUCAGUCUGUGGUAAAGGUUUCAGUGAUAAAAGUAAUUUAAAAGCUCAUAGGAGAGUCCACACAGGAGAGAAAGCAUUCACCUGCAGUGUGUGUGGGAGAAGUUUCACCAGGCGUGCAGAUGCUAGAAGCCAUGAGUGUGUGUGUGAGAGCAGCAGCAGCAGUUGAAGCUGCAGAGCUGCUGAUUAAACAUCUGAACGCUGCUCACACACGUUGUGUUAAUGCAGACUAAAACAGUCAACACUGCUGCCCAAUACAUUUUCCCAUGCCACAACCUGAGGAACAAGGACAACUGAUACACCAGAUAAAAAUAACAUUAAUGAUAAUAGUAAAAUAUCAGUAGUUACAAAUAUAUUUACUUUAUACAACAAAUACAUUCACUUAUCAUGUAUUAUAUAUUUUUCUGUACCAUUUAAGUGUAAUGGAGCCAUUCCAGUGAGCCAACAGGCACAACACAAAACACAAGAGCCCUCGCUCUGUCACGCCUAAAUGGAGCUAACCUUGUUUCAUGUCAUCAGUAACACCUGUGUUUACCCUGCGUUGUCAUGUCAACAUGGCUGCUGGUCUUAAAGGGUUAAGUUAAUCUGUUUCAGUGUCAUACUUGAACACUGACAAUUUGUAGUGAGAUCAAACCAGACAAGAAAAUAUUAAAAUGAUCUCUCACACAUUUUCUGCAUUCUAACAGUUUCUAAUAAAUAAGAAGACAGUGAACUUAAACUUUUUCAUUUUUUGCUGAGGACCCCCCGGUAGAUCCUCAGGGACCACCAGGGAGGCCCCAGAUCCCAAAUUUAAAACCACUGGUCUGUAGUAUCCGACUGAGAAUCUGUGUACUUGAAUGGACCUUGUUGUUCUCUUCUGCUUGUAAACUGGAUUUGUUUAACUAUGACGGCGUAUUAAGGCCACUGUAGGGGAAAAAUAUGCAGCCGGGGAGGGAGGGUUGAUAUUCUGAGAGAAAAACUAAGACUUUUUAUUUAUUUAUUUAUUUAUUUUUAGAUUAAAGUCGUAAAUUUACAAGAAAAAUAUUUGGAUAUACUCUGAGAUUGAAAUUGUAGAUUUCUGUGAAAACAAAUUUAUUAGGAAAAAAAUGGAAAGGUUUGAGAUUAUAAAGUCAGAAAUUCUGUGAUUAAAGUUAUACAUUAAUGAGAAAACAAGCAAAUUUAUGAGAAAUAACUCAAAAUUCUCAGAUUGUAAAGUCACAAAUUGAUGAGAAAAAAACUCACAAAUUUAUGACCAAAAAAAAAAAAAAAAAAAAAAUCAGAAUUUUCGUGAUUAAAGUUGUAAAUUUACAAGAGAAACCCUUGGAUAUAUUCUCUGAUAUUAAAGUGACAAAUUUCUGAGAAAAAUAUCACAAACUUAUGAGAAAAAAAGCUGGAAUUUUCGGAGAUUAUAAAAUCACAAAUUUGCAAGAAAAAACCAACAACUCUGAAAUUCAGAACUUUUUUGGCAGUUCUGCUUCAUUUGACAGUGACAGGAGGGGGAGAGAGAGAGACCGGCACGGCUUUAGUAGUUUUUCCCUACAAAGGCUCGCUCACGCUGAUUUGCCCUGUACAAUUUUCUUUUUGCCCUACUAUGGCCCAAACAUACUGUAAUAAUAAAGAAAAAGUAAAACUG